AUGCACCACCAAAUUAUCUACAGACUCCAAGAUCGUGCCUUUAAUUUACAAAUCCCAGGCUUUCAAGCCACUUUUGAUGCCUUAUUUAUCAUGGCAGAUUCUGGUCAAGUCCCUACAAUAGUUCAAACCCCAAGGCAGUUGGAAAGAGAAGACCUACAAAAGCUAAUUCCAACUGAAUGGGUGACAAAUUACGAGAAACUCCAUGCAUCUCAAGCUAAGCUUGUUCAGGCUACUGAUCCUCUUUUUGUCACACAAAAGGAUGGUACUGUGAAAAUAAUUUUUACAAAAAUAGAAGAAUCUUCUUCUGCUCUCUCUAUUUUCCAAGCUUCGAUGAUUCAACCUGUGUCCAGACCUAGAGAGAAGAUCCCCAUUCAUUCUUUCCAAUCCUCUGGACAUCAUAUCUAUACAGCAAGGAUUAAGGGACAUUUCAUCUGGGAUAUUGACCCAGAAAUAUGUGAACCAGGCUGCACCUGCAAAGAUGACCUUGAUUUUGCUGAACCGUGUUCUCAACACCCUAGGAAAACCUCAAGAGCCAUGUAUCCAGAAACUCCGUGUUUAGUUAAGAAACCCAGACAGGAGAAUUACUCUGAUUUGCCAGCAGUCCAGGCACCCCAAAUAAUUCAAAACUGUUUCAUGUUCCAGCCUGAAGAUUUCCCUCCUCUAGGGAAUUCAGAAAAUAAAAGAUCUAAGAUCACCCCCUCAAAGGUUACUUCAUCAGGGACUUUAGAGCCUCUUACUCCGCCAGAAGAAGUACUGAAUUGGCAGACUUCUAAUUCAAUAGUCCAGAACUCUUAUUUAAAGAAAAUUAGAUCAAGCUCUCCAUUUGGCUCACAAGAUAGAUCAAAAGCUUGA